CGAGCCGAUGCCGCUAGCUUCUUUCGACGCUGUCCGUCUCGGAUAAAAAAGCCCCCGGGGCCGCAACGUUUUGAAAACGGUGCCCUCCGCACAACACACGGGCUCCGAGGAGCAACACGGUGCCGACACCCGCAGCCCUUCACGCCGAUUUAUUGAUUCGGUUUAAAAAUUUAAAAAAAAGUCCAGAUUUUAACCACCGCGGAGGGACGCGGAUCUGUGAACUGUUUUCGCAUCCAUGGAAUAAAAUCAGCACCACCACCACCACCAUGUCGGGGAAGUCGGACGGGAAACAGAAGUGGGCGGCGGUCAGGGGUCGCCUGGGCUCCUCGCAGGACUCCGACACCCAGCUGGAGGCCAACCUGGAGAGCGCCGACCCGGAGCUGUGCAUCCGACUGCUGCAGGUUCCCACCGUGGUCAACUACUCCGGCCUGAAGCGUCGCCUGGAGGGCAGCGACCAGACAUGGAUGGUCCAGUUCCUGGAGCUGAGCGGGCUGGAUCUGCUGCUGGAGGCCCUGGACCGGCUGUCGGGGCGCGGGUGCUCCCGCAUCGCCGACGCCCUUCUGCAGCUCACCUGCGUCAACUGCGUCAGGGCGGUCAUGAACUCCUCCACGGGGAUCCACUUCAUCAUCGAGAACGAGGGAUACAUCCGCAAGCUCUCCCAAGCUUUGGACACCUCCAACACCAUGGUGAAGAAGCAGGUGUUUGAGCUCCUCGCCGCCCUCAGCGUGUUCUCCGCGGACGGACACCGGCUGGCACUGGACGCCCUGGACCACUACAAGGGAGUGAAGACGCAGCAGUAUCGCUUCAGCGUGAUCAUGAACGAGCUGCAGGAGACCGACAACGUCCCUUACAUGGUGACGCUCCUCAGCGUCGUCAACGCCCUCAUCUUCGGGAGGGACGACCUCCGGCAGAGGGACAAGAUGAGGAGGCAGUUCAUCGGGCUCCAGUUGCUUGACAUUCUGCCGAAGUUAAGGUGA